AUGGAAGAGGAGGACGCUGAACUUCAGCAGGCCAUCCUCCUCAGCCUUGGCAACACUGACCACACGGACCAGGAUCUUCGCCAACGCCUUGCUGCAGCUUCAGACGCCACGCGCAAGCUGCUCAUGACUGUUGCGCAGAACCUUGCCUCCUCGGGCGCGCAGUCGACAUGCGAGGAGAAGUUGAAGUUCCGUCGGCUGCGUGACGAUACUGUCCGGGCACGCACGAAAAGCAGCUACGAUCUCGCAUGCCAGGCCUUGCAUGCACUGGGCUUUCGCUUGGAGACUGGCAAAGGUGACGGCGGCAGUCACUGGCAGAUCCCGACCGAGGCUGAGCCUAGUGAGGAGAUGAUCCGGGCAAUGAUGUCUCUUGAAGCCGCGGGGCCACCGGCGGCCAGUGCGACCGUGGACCUUCCGCAAAGGACCCUCACGAUGACUGACUUCGACGUGCUUGAGCUACCCAGUCCUGGCGGCAUGCUGCCCGCCCUGCGGCUCGUCGUCUACCCAAGCAACCAUUGCCAGCUGGUUCCCGAGGACUGUGUGGCCUGGGCCACACGCCAGGGAAGUGGCAGGGGCCGGUGGGGCUGUCAUGGCCGCGUGGGAGAAGAUGACCGGAUUGUCCUGGCGCUGGGAGGUGCUGCGGGGCUCCUGGGAGGCCUUGGUGCUGCGGCUCAUUGGUACAACCAUCGGGGUCAGGAGCAAUCGAUGCCCAUGCUGUCUUGCUGGGCAGGAGAGCAUGCCUGGGCUGAGACUUACAUGAACCAAACAUUUGUGAUUCGGGCCCUACCGCAGCAACAGCUGGCUUUGUGCGGCCUUCGGCUCAGUUGCCGGCCAUUUGAGACCUCGGGUCGCUUGAUUGUUGUGAUCGCGCCAGCGGCCUGCGCAGUCCAGGAAGCCAUGAGCCAGUGUCAGGACAUUCUGAGAUCUCUUCCGGAAGACUCUCGGGAGCCGACCAACCCGAUUCGAAGCCGGCCACCGCCGCCACCUCCGCCAAGCAUGGCUGUCCACCAUUGCUUGCAGCACCAUGGCGCCUCUUGCUCACCAGUCCUACCUGCGAAGACAACACUCAUUUCUGUGCGCUAUGCCUACGAGCACAGCGCCGACGAGGGCCCGAGUGGGGCUGUCAGACACGGGGAAUGCCAGGAGAAUCAACUCGGCACCAUCGUUUUGUUGGACAUGCUGCGGUUCUCGGUCAGCUCCAACGACACUUCUGCAACGCUUCGGAUUCAUAAAGCAGCUUCCCUGCAGAGUGAGGGACAACAGCGGUGGAAACGGCAUGUAUUCUGCAGUUUAUGCACGAUACUCUUGGCGAAGCAAGCAGGACUGGACUUGUCGCCGGCUCAGGUGCAAGUGCUGCCAUAUGAGAGUUGUUCAAGACCAUUAUCCAAGACGGUGCAUUUCGUCCGGCAUGGCCAAGCCGAGCACAAUGUGGCGCUGGCAAAAGUGGCAAAGGGUGAGCCGGCUCCAACAUAUGCGGACUCCAGGCUGACCAGGCUUGGCGAGGAGCAGGCAGCGGCCAUUGCGAGGAGGCUGCAGAAUGAUGCGGACUGGCCCGACAUUGUCCUGACCUCACCGCUACGGCGCUGUGUGCGAACUGCCCUUCUGGCUUUUCAGCCGAGAAGCGGUUGCGUCCUGGCCCUCGAGGAGCUUCGGGAGCUGGUGUCAGCGUCAGUGCACAACUCACGCCCGCCUGUUGGACAGCUGGAAGACGAGUUCCCUGAGGUGGAUUUCUCACGAGUAUCUCCUUCGGAUGAGGCUUGGCAACCAGGGAUGGAUCGCGAGCUGCGGGAGUCUUGUGCCCAACGAGCACAAAGAUUCCUGCUGAGAGUCUUCACAGAAGAGCCGAUUUCUUCGGCAAAACGACUGGCAGUUGUGUCGCACUCGGGCUUUCUGUAUCUGCUUUCAAACUACGGCCACGCUGCUCUUGACGGCAGCGCUGGAGGGCAUGGAAGCUUCAAAGGUUCUGGACCGGUCGGACUUGGGGCCAAUCCGAUUCUGACGUAUCCGCAAGAUUCCCCAUCCCACGAGAGAGUGUUCCGAUCAUGGUGGUCACAAGGCGAGAUGCGAUCAGUGAUUCUGCAACCAGACUCUUCAUGA